GCGGGCCACCGUGGCCACCGAUAGCCGCGCUCGACAGCCGUACGCGGCCACCGACGCCGUGGUCGCGUCCGACGCCAAGUCACCGUUGCCGCCGCCGACCAUGAGGCACGCGACCAACACCCGUCGGCACUCGUCGUCUUCGUCUUUGUCGUCAGCAGCGGCCGUCCGUCGCAUGUCCGCGUGGCUGGUGGCCUGCGUCGCCUUUUGGGCCCCAUCUACGCCCUGCACGCACGCCGCUAGUAUGUUCGGAGACGUGAACAUUUCGGCCAUACUCGAUUCGUUCAGCGGCAGUUACGACAAAAGAGUAAGACCGAAUUACGGAGGUCCCCCAGUAGAGGUCGGAGUCACCAUGUAUGUUCUCAGUAUAAGCUCCGUGUCCGAAGUACUCAUGGACUUUACGCUGGACUUUUACUUCAGACAGUUCUGGACCGAUCCCCGGUUAGCGUUCACUAAGCGGCAGGGUGUCGAGACCCUAUCUGUGGGAUCGGAAUUCAUCAAGAAUAUCUGGGUGCCUGACACGUUCUUCGUUAACGAGAAGCAGUCGUACUUCCACAUAGCGACCACCAGUAACGAAUUCAUCCGGAUACACCAUUCGGGGAGCAUAACGCGGAGCAUUCGCCUAACCAUCACCGCGUCAUGUCCCAUGAAUUUGCAGUACUUCCCGAUGGACCGACAAUUGUGCCACAUCGAGAUUGAGAGCUUCGGAUACACGAUGAGGGACAUCAGGUAUAAAUGGAAUAAGGGACCAAACUCGGUGGGCGUGUCCAACGAAGUGUCUUUGCCGCAGUUCAAAGUGCUCGGGCACCGUCAGCGAGCGAUGGAAAUAAGCUUGACUACGGGAAACUAUUCGAGACUGGCUUGCGAAAUCCAAUUUGUGCGGUCCAUGGGAUACUACUUAAUUCAGAUCUAUAUACCAAGCGGGCUGAUCGUCAUUAUAUCGUGGGUAAGCUUUUGGCUAAAUAGGUGCGCGACACCCGCCCGCGUCUCGUUGGGUGUUACCACUGUGCUGACCAUGACUACGCUCAUGUCAUCCACCAAUGCUGCACUGCCGAAGAUAUCUUACGUCAAGUCUAUCGACGUUUACCUGGGCACGUGUUUCGUCAUGGUUUUCGCUUCACUCUUAGAAUAUGCUACCGUAGGGUACAUGGCUAAGAGGAUACAAAUGCGGAAGAAUCGCUUUUUAGCAAUACAAAAAAUUGCCGAACAGAAGAAAGGUGGUGGUGGUGGAGGAGGCGGUCACUCCGCUCACGACGGCCACUCGCACGCCCAUUCUCAACAUUCAUCACGUCACGGUCACGGUCAUGGCUCGAUAUCCGGUCACAGCACCUUGUCUGGACACGGUACCCUAUCCGGCGGCCACGGGCUCCAGUCUGGCCAUGGCACCCUUCCACACGGUAUGUCCAGCCAUGGUUUGGCGUCGCAUGGAACCAUGUCCAGUCAUGGUUACGAUGGUGGAGGUCACCGGCACAGUCACAUGAGCCAUACCGGCACGUUGUCAGGAUCGCUGAUGGUCGGAGACCUGGACCACACGCCUCGACAAACCGAGGUGCGAUUCAAGGCCCAUGAUCCAAAAAAUUACCUCAAGGGGGGAUCACUAGAGAACACCAUCAAUGGCCGCGGGGACGACGACAACAUCACGCCCAUCCCCACACAACAUGUCAUGCACCCUAAUAAGGAUAUCAACAAGCUUUACGGCAUUACGCCCAGCGAUAUCGACAAGUAUUCGAGGAUCGUGUUUCCGGUGUGCUUCAUCUGCUUUAAUCUUAUGUACUGGAUUAUAUACCUACACAUCAGUGACGUGGUCGCCGACGAUCUGGUGCUACUAGGCGCGGACUGAACUCAUCGGUCACCGUGUUUACCGGAUCGCCGUUUUAUAUACCUACACACACACACACAGAUAUAUAUAUAUAUAUAUAUAUAUAUAUAUAUAUAUUAUUACUUAAAUGCGAUUAAAUAAUCUUUAUUGUACACUUAGACUUAGUGGUGGUGAUAAGAGCUCAAAGAAAUACAAAUUCCGUUAAAAUUAAAUAUAUAUAUAUAUAUGUAUUAUGUAUAUUGUACUAUACGAUAUUUAGUAGUCUUAAU